UUAGCAAUCAUUUUAUAUCUGACAUAUAAUUUCUCUUUUCAAUAUUCGAUAUGUAGAUUAGGUUGUCGUUCAGUAAAGUUCACUUCAUGAUUUGUGCCUAAUUUUUUAUUUUGAGUUUGAACCUUUAAGUUUUCAAUACUGCCUAACCAGAAGAAGGAAUAACGAUGUGGUCUUGUCAAGUAUACCUACUCUGCACUUUCUUUGGUGCUCUCAUCUUGUUGGAAUAUCACUAUUUGUCUAAAAAAUGUCUGAAGCAUCUGAUUCCAAAAUCUUUUUUGAAUAAGAGAUGCUUUUUGGUGUUUUUUGUUCUUUCUCUUGGGGUGGUGGGGGGCAGGGUGGCAACAAGGUAUCUUUUUUCGGUGAGAAUUUUCGGUCGGGGUGCUGGUAUUUUCUACUGGAUUAAACAUAAUUGCCCUGUGAGAACAACUUCAGUAUGAGGUUCUAUAAGUGAGUCCCAGUUACUUCUCUUUUAGAGUUUGAUUGAAUAGCAGGACAGCAAUUUCCCCUGCACCAGGAAUAUAUGCAAGUUUUUUCAUUUGACGAUCGACAUUAAAGUAAAGAGCCAUGCAAAAGGAGAAUAAUACAACUGUGCCAUCAGCUACUACUCCUAGAAUUCGGCACCGCAAAAGAUCCAAUGAGGUUAUUCCAGAACCUAGUAAAGCAAAUGGUGGAAAUUUGCUUGUUAAUGACCGUAACAAAUACAAAUCAAUGUGGAUCCGAACACACUCUACUGUUUGGAUGAUUGGGGGUUUUGCAUUAAUUGUCUACAUGGGUCAUCUCUAUAUUACAGCUAUGGUGGUGGUUAUCCAAAUAUUUAUGGCAAAAGAGCUUUUCAAUCUUCUCAGGAAAGCACAUGAAGAUAGGCAUCUUCCAGGGUUUAGGCUAUUAAAUUGGCACUUCUUCUUCACCGCAAUGUUUUUUGUAUAUGGCCGCCUUCUUAGCCAACCACUCGUCAAUACUGUAACUUCGGAUAAGUUUUUGUAUCAGUUUGUUAGCAGCCUUAUCAAGUAUCAUAUGGCUAUCUGUUACUUCUUGUACAUUGCAGGUUUUAUGUGGUUUAUUCUUACAUUGAAGAAGAAGAUGUACAAGUAUCAAUUUGGCCAGUAUGCAUGGACACACAUGAUUCUGAUCGUGGUCUUCACACAGUCGUCCUUUACUGUGGCCAAUAUCUUUGAAGGAAUUUUUUGGUUUCUUCUUCCAGCAUCGCUUAUUGUUAUCAAUGACAUUUUUGCUUAUAUCUUUGGUUUCUUCUUUGGAAAAACCCCAUUAAUCAAAUUGUCUCCUAAGAAAACAUGGGAGGGUUUUAUUGGAGCGUCUGUUACAACUAUCAUCUCUGCAUUCGUGCUUGCAAAUAUCUUGGGUCGUUUCUGUUGGCUAACCUGUCCAAGGAAGGAUUUAUCAACUGGUUGGCUCGAAUGUGACCCAGGUCCAUUGUUUAAACCAGAGAAUUAUAUCUUACCAGGAUGGAUUUCUCAAUGGUUUCCUUGGAAAGAGAUCUCCGUUUUGCCUGUUCAGUGGCAUGCUUUAUGCUUUGGUUUGUUUGCAUCAAUAAUAGCACCUUUUGGGGGAUUUUUCGCAAGUGGUUUUAAAAGAGCUUUUAAGAUCAAGGAUUUUGGUGAUAGUAUUCCUGGGCAUGGUGGAAUUACAGAUAGAAUGGAUUGCCAGAUGGUGAUGGCGGUAUUUGCAUAUAUCUAUCAUCAAUCAUUUGUCAUGCGUCAAGGCAUCUCAGUUGAAAUGAUCCUGGACCAGAUAUUGACAAACCUUACUUUCGAGGAGCAGCAAAGUCUUCUCAUGAAGCUGGGACAGAUCUUGCAGGAAAGACUUGAACAUUCUUAAAUAUUCGGGCAUAAUUUUGUGCAAGCUACUGGAACGUAUUGCUUGCACCUGGUGGUGUUAAGUUGUAACAGCAAAAGAAGGAAAAGAAAGUGAUUUGUAUAUGGUGUUGUGUUUUAUGUUUUUCCAUUAAAAAAUUUUAGGCAGAAUAGUAUUCUUUAUGCGCCCAGUUUGUAUAGUAUAUGUUAGGCCAAUUAAUUGUUAAUUGCCUAAUUGCCCGUCAGUCACUGCGUCCUGAAUCGAUCAUUAUAUGUAUGCUGGUUUCUUUGUUCUUCCGAAUCGAAAAAAGGAAUAUGAAUUGCUGUAUGUUGUCCUCAUAAA